CGCACCCCGACUCGAUCCUCCCACUUCGACCGAUAAGAUCUCUUUUUCCUCUCCCCGCGGGGAGUCUCGUUCGUCGACACUGUUGCAUACCAGUCAAACAUAAACACCAUCGCCCAAGAUGUCUGCCGGUCUCAAAACCAUCAUCGCACUCUCCUUCGUGCUCGCCGUCGGAUUCCUCCUCGUUAUCCUGUCCUGCGCGCUGUGGAAGGUCUACUAUCCUCUGCUCGUCGUUGCCACCUAUGUCAUUGCGCCCAUUCCCAACUGGAUCUGCGGACACUGCGCCAACCCCGAUGAUUUCGUCGAGAGCUCCGGUGCUGCGGUUCUAGAUCUUGGACGUUUCUUUACGGGAUUCUUUGUUGUUAUGGGAAUUGCUCUACCCGUCGUCCUCGCACACUCCGGCCUCAUCGAAGUCCAAGCCAUGGUUAUGUCCAUAAUCGGCGGUCUACUGAUUUACGGAACCAUUGUCAGCUUCGGCAUGUUCUUCCACGAGGAGCAAGAUUUCUAGGCGCGCGCGCGUGACAGAAACGUGUGAAGUCAGGAGAAAUCGAAAUCACGGAAUAACGACUGAUGAGGCACGUAGCCUUGCAGGAAAGAGGAGGGUAAUUUCUAGCAUAAAACCUGUACAACGCGUGUAUGAUCACAGAAGACAAAGGAGUCGUAUUGGCAUUCAGCGGGGUUUUAAACAGGGGUCUCGGUUACUCACAAAGAGGAUUCUUUGACUUCCGAUAUGGCAAUAAUAUGGCCAUAGUCGGUCGUCAGUGUGUAUUUGUGGGCGUCAUAUAAAUCGUAUUAUUUCUGCUCUUUGUAA